AUGGGGAAAGAGGGAAUCUUGAAAAUCCGAGGGAAUUUCAAGGUUUAUAUAUAGUUCUCAGUGAUUAUUUUCUAUUUGUCCACACAAGAAGAAAAAAGAGAGAGAAAAAUACCCAACAAAAAUCAGCAAACGUGUGGUCUUUUUUUCCUCUCAUUAUCAUCUCCAAAUAGUCAUCAGCUGCACAAAUUGUUCUCCUCUUUUCACAUGUUCUCCCACAAUUAGCAGCGCUUGUCUGUCUCUCUUCUUGAUGUGUGUUUUUUGUGAGUGAUUUUUUGCUUCUUUGGUCAGUUCUUGUUGUGGGAUUACUGUAUAUUUUCUUUCUUGAUUCCCAAAAAAUCCCAACUUUUUGUGCAUUUGAAUUGCUCAUCAUUGCUCAACUUUUGAGAAGUUUUGGGCUGAUCCCACCAAGAAUAAUCAUUUCCUAUGCAAUUUUUGAGGUUCCCACUACCUGUUUAUGCUUAUAUUUUGCUUCAAUUGUGUUGAUUUUGGUUAGUAAUUUGUGUAAUUUUCUUGCCAAUGCCUCCCACAUACUUCCCUUUGAGAUGGGAAAGCACUGGGGACCAAUGGUGGUUUGCUUCCCCCAUUGAUUGGGCAGCUGCAAAUGGGCACUAUGAUUUAGUAAGAGAGCUUCUCCACCUAGACACUAACCUCCUCAUCAAGCUGACAUCUCUGCCAAGAAUCAGACGGCUGGAGACCGUGUGGGAUGAUGAGGAGAGCUUCAGUGAUGUAGCCAAUUGCAGGUCCCAGGUUGCCCAAAAACUCCUCCAAGAAUGUGAAACAAAGAAUGGGCAGAACUCUCUGAUCAGAGCUGGUUAUGGGGGGUGGCUUCUGUACACUGCUGCAUCAGCUGGUGAUGUGGUGUUUGUCAGGGAGUUGCUUGAUAGGGACCCUCUCUUGGUGUUUGGGGAAGGGGAGUAUGGGGUUAGUGAUAUGUUGUAUGCUGCAGCUAGGAGCAAGAACUGUGAUGUUUUCAGGCUGAUUUUUGAGUGUUGUGUGUCUCCAAGAGGAGGGGUAAAGGAGGUUUCUUUGCUUUUCCGGUCGGAGAUGAUGAACCGGGCGGUCCAUGCUGCUGCUAGAGGCGGCAAUUUGGAGAUGUUGAGGGAGCUUUUGGGUGGUGAUGAUGUUUUGGGUUUAAGGGAUGCUCGGGGAUCCACCGUGCUGCAUACGGCCUCCGGUAGAGGGCAACUUGAGGUAGUUAAGCAUUUAAUAUCCUCGUACGGCAUCAUCAAUUCUGUGGACAAUCGAGGUAACACAGCCUUAAAUGUUGCUGCAUUCCGGGGCCAUUUAGCUGUCUUUGAGGUUCUCUUAUCGGCAUCUCCUUCUACGGCUUCAUUAACAAACCACUAUGGAGAUACUUUUCUUCACAUGGCUGUUUCUGGUUUCCGUACCCCUAGUUUCAGACGGCUCGACCGACAGCUGGAGCUCAUGAAACAACUGGUUGGCUGGAAGCUUACAAGCUUGGAAGACGUUAUCAAUGUUCAAAACAAUGACGGCCGAACGGCACUCCACGUGGCUGUAAUGGAGAACAUCCAGUCUGAGGUCGUGGAGCUACUCAUGUCCGUCCCUUAUAUAAACCUGAACAUCCGCGAUGGCGAUGGUAAUACUCCCCUGGAUCUCCUCAAGCAACGGCCACGCUCAGCGUCUUCGGAGAUACUGAUCAAGCGGCUGAUUUCAGCUGGUGGGAUUUCAGAUUGUCAGGAUCAAACAGCGAGAAACGCUAUUGCCUCCCAUCUGAGAAUGCACGGCAUUGGAGGUAGUCCGGGAACUUCUUUCAGAAUCCCUGAUGCAGAGAUAUUUCUGUACACUGGGAUCGACGACGUAGGCCAGUCUAGUUGUGAUUUGACAAGCACGGAGCACGGCUACUCGGGUGAAAUUGAACGUGCGGGUUCAACAAUUGAAUCAAACUCAUUAAAAUUCAAGAAGCGAGGUUCUUUCAAGAGAGCUACAAGUCGUCUCAAGAAUCUGCUCCGUUGGCCCGGGAAGAAAGAAAGAGAGGGAGAUGCAUCCGAGGUAGAAGAUAACUACUCUCUAGACUCAUGUAGAACGUUUUCGCGCUCCAGAAACAGCCCGCACUCACUCAGGCAGCAGUUCUCGAGAGCAUCGACCCUCCCGAACAACAAAAGAAUAAUGUCAAUACCAGCAAACCUUCCCAGUCCAUCCACCAAGAAGAAAUUUGCUGCAGGGCUAACACACGGCGUUCUACGAGUGCUGCCAAAGUCAUCGCUUGGAUCCCCUUCGAGCGCAUUUUCAGAGUCAUCAUGGCCCUCUCCGGCAAGAAAGGGUGGAGAUGUCAACAGUGGGAGUCCAGGACAAGCGAGUCAAUCCCCAAACAUGGACCGUGUUAAUAUGAAGCGUAGACACGGUUCGUUCAACUUGAGGUUGAUGAACAGCUACUUGUGUUUUGGUGCUCAAGGGUUGGCGGUGGAGAACUCCAUCGACUCCCAGAAACACAGCCAGAAUCAAGAAAAUGCAGUUGUGUAAUGAGUUGAUAUUAUGUGUUGCUGAGUUUUGGACCAGUUUCAAUGUGUAAAUGUUAAUCCUAUUUCUUGUUCUGCAUAUGAAAAGCUAUAGCAAUUAUCUUACAUCUCUGUCCUAGCAUAGGGAAGAAAAAUCUAUUACUUGUACUAGGUAAGACAUAUCCAACCAAUCACAUGACAAGUAUAAUCGUAGUCAACACAUUUUAUGCAUGCAAAA